GACAAGCACGACAUAGCUCCCCGAGUUCCUACAUCCCUUAGGUGCAGGUCUUCUUGGGUGGACUCAUUCACUUUCAUUGUAGCGCGCGGGACCUGGACAGUCCGAUUUGACUCUGGGGAGUCGGAAAGAUUCGAUUAUAUUCUUUUUUCUGCACCCGGGCAGGUUUAAAAGGGGAAGGAAUCGUUACAAGAAAGCAGCUUUUCUCCCGUGUUGAGUGGGCUGGGAACACCGUCCAUUUGAGCUUCGCUGUCGGAAACGCGGCCGCCUCAGGGCCUAGCUGGCAGCACCUUCCCGCCGCCAAGCGCCUCAGCUCUGCCCUCGGGAGGCGGCCGCUUGUGCGCGCUGGGAACGCAGGCUUCCUUUCUGCCGCACAGAGGACCGCCCCACGGGUCUCCACGGCUUGAGGCUCGGGAAAGUGACCCCGGCGACGCGCAGCCGGCCCUCAGCCUCCGCCGCUAGGCUGCGCUGACAGACCGGCCCUCAGCUUCAGCCGCGAGGCCGCGCUGACAGACCGGCCCUCAGUCUCAGCCGCGAGGCCGCGCUGACAGACCGACCCUCAGCCUCAGCUGCGAGUCCGCGCUGACAGACCAGCCUCGAGCGGCCGGCCCCGGCCCGUCCUCCUCGCACCGCCGCCCCCGGAGAGCGACUGUCUCGCAGCCGCACGCCGGGCCGGCCCCCGCGGCCGCUCGGAAAACGCGGCGAGCGGAACCCGCACGCGGAAGCGCCCGCCGCACUGAGCAUGCCCAGUCGCAGAGCCGACCGGAGGAGUUUUUUUCUUUUCUUUUUCCUUUUUCUUUCUUUUUUUUGGGGGUCUCAAGUGGCAGGCCUCCCCCAGCCCCCUAGCCGAGCCCCCCAGCACCCCGGCCUAAGCAGCUACCAUGGCCGAGGCUCCCGGAGCGGCGCUGUCCCGGGCGGGUUGCUUGAAGGUCCAUGUGUUUUGCAAAUUCAAAAAAUUCGCAAUGUUGCUGCACCAAAGGAUAAUGAAGAAUCUCAGGCUGCACCAAGAAUGUUGCGUUUACAGAUGACUGAUGGUCAUAUAAGUUGCACAGCAGUAGAAUUUAGUUACUUGUCAAAAAUAAGCCUAAACACACCACCUGGAACUAAAGUUAAACUUUCAGGCACUGUGGACAUAAAAAAUGGAUUCCUGCUCUUGAAUGACUCUAACACCACAGUUCUUGGCGGUGAGGUAGAACACCUUAUCGAGAAAUGGGAGUUACAGAGAAGUUUGUCAAAACACAAUAGAAGCAAUAUUGGAACCGAAGGUGGACCACCUCCUUUUGUGCCUUUUGGACAGAAGUGUGUGUCUCAUAUCCAAGUGGAUAGCAGAGAACUUGAUCGAAGAAAGACAUUACAAGUGACAAUGCCUGUCAAACCUCCAAAUGAUAAUGAUGAGUUUGAAAAGCAAAGGACCGCUGCCAUUGCAGAAGUUGCAAAGAGCAAAGAAACCAAGACAUUUGGAGGCGGCGGUGGUGGUGCUAGAAGUAAUCUCAACAUGAGUGCUGCUGGUAACCGAAAUAGGGAAAUUUUACAGAAAGAAAAGGCAAACAAAUCAGAGGGAAAACAUGAAGGUGUCUAUAGAGAACUGGUGGAUGAGAAGGCUCUGAGACAUAUAACAGAAAUGGGCUUUAGUAAAGAAGCAUCAAGGCAAGCUCUCAUGGAUAAUGGCAACAACUUAGAAGCAGCACUGAAUGUACUUCUUAACAGCAAUAAACAGAAACCUGUUACAGGUCCACCUUUGAGAGGUAAAGGGAAAGGCCGGGGCCGAAUACGACCUGAAGAUGAAGAAGAGCUAGGAAAUGCAAGGCCAUCAGCGCCAAGCACGUUAUUCGACUUCUUGGAGUCUAAAAUGGGGACUUUGAGUGUGGAAGAACCUAAAUCACAGCCGCAGCAGCUUCAUCAAGGACAAAACAGAAUGUCAAAUACUGAGCAAAAUGGAGUAAAAGAUAAUAAUCAACCACGAUAUCUUCCUCGAAAUGAUACCAGACAGCCAAGAAAUGAAAAACCUCCUCGUUUUCAAAGAGACACCCAAAAUUCAAAGGCAGUUUUAGAAGGCAGUGGAUUACCUAGAAACAGAGGUUCUGAAAGACCAAGUACUUCUUCAGGAUCUGAAGUAUGGCCUGAAGAGAGAAUCAAAGCUGAUAGACCAUAUUCUAGAUAUGAUAGAACUAAAGAUACUUCUUACCUUUUAAGUUCCCAACACAAUGAUACUGUAUUUAAAAAAAGGGAUAACUCUAUGCAAAGCCGAUCAGGAAAAGGUCCAUCUUAUGCAGAGGCAAAAGAAAAUCCAUUUCCUCAAGAAUUCAUAGAUUAUAAUAAUCACAAACGUGGGAAAAGAGAAAACCAAACAGCAAAUUCGGAUCAUUUUUAUGACAGGAAGCCACGAACAAUAAAUAAUGAAGCUUUUAGUGGUGUAAAAAUUGAAAAACAUUUUAAUGUAAAUAGUGAUUACCAGAAUCCUGUCCGAACGAAUAGUUUCAUUGGUGUUCCAAAUGGAGAGACAGAAAUGCCACUGAAGGGAAGGCGAAUGGGACCUAUUAAGCCAGCAGGACCCAUCACAGCUUCAUCCUAUGAUGAUAAAAUAUUUUACAGUAGUGGUCCCAAAAGAAGAUCUGGGCCAAUUAAACCCGAAAAAGUACUAGAAUCAUCUAUUCCUAUGGAGUAUGCAAAGCUAUGGAAAUCUGGAGAUGAAUGUUUAGCACUUUAUUGGGAAGACAACAAGUUUUACCGAGCAGAAGUUGAAGCUCUUCAUUCUUCAGGUAUGACAGCAGUUGUUAAAUUCAUUGAUUAUGGAAACUAUGAAGAGGUGCUACUAAGCAACAUCAGGCCCGUUCAGUCAGAGGCAUGGGAGGAAGAAGGCACCUAUGACCAGACUCUUGAGUUCCGUAGAGGAGGUGACGGCCAGCCAAGACGAUCCACUCGACCAACUCAGCAGUUCUACCAGCCUCCCCGAGCUCGGAACUAAUGCGACAAGAGUCUUUAUGAAGAAAGGAGCUGUUGACUGAACCAUCCUGGUCAGAACCUGUUGAUAGACCUCCUGCUUUCCCUUCGGAGUAAGAUGCAGACAUGAUGGAUAUUAUUAUUUGGAGAACUAAAAGGCAGAUUUUAGGGGAAAAAAAUUCAACCCACAUAAAGAAUGGGGAAAAAAAUACAAAGUUAAAUAAAGCAAAUAACUUUUACAAGUGGAAGAAUUUUUUCUUCUGCCAUCAAUAAAACCAAUGCACUAUUAAA